ACAAUUAUCAACUACUUCAACGGUAAACGUUUUACUUACCGUCCAAAUGAAUACAUUCCACUUGCAAAUGGUGUUGGAAUAUGUAAAGAAAGUGACAACAACAUUGCUUUGAAAAGGAAAACUAAAGUUUUGAAGGUUGCAAAUAUUGUUUCAAAAAUUGUAACAUCAUCAAGUGUACUGUGUUAUUUAGCAAUCAUAAUUGUUUACACUUAUUUUAAUGAACUUAGAACGUGGUCUAGUGUGACGUCAACAACUUUAUGUAUAAACUUGUUUUUUGCUGAUUUUACGUUCCUAAUUUCAACACAAUUCAACAAAAAUAUAUUAUGGUGCAAAGUAUUCUCCAUACUUUUACAUUGGUUUCUAUUGGUAGCUUACCAUAGUCUCCUCAUCUUAGCAAUUGACGUGGCUACUACGUUUGGUUCUUAUAAUCAUCAAUUUUCAAAACGGAAAAAGUUAAUUCAAUACUGUAUUGUUAUUUAUGUUAUACCAUCAGGAUAUUUGUUUAUAAAUAUUAUUUUGGAAAAAACUGGUGUUGUGUAUAUAGGUUAUGGAGAUAAAGUUUGCUGGAUUGGAGGAUUUUAUGCGAAGCUUUUCUCUUUUAUAAUUCCAGUCGUAGUUAUUAUUUUAACAUCGUUAAUAAGUUUAUUAUUUACCGUUUACCAAAUCACAUUGUCAGAGAAAAAAAGCAACAAAGUAUUUGGAGAAGGAAGGACAUUUCAAGUGAAUAUUGCUAAAGUAACUUUAAAACUCACAUUAAUACUUGGAGUAAUUGAGUUACUUGGUUUUGUUCAAAUAAGUAAAUCAUCGUUGUCAAAAGGAGAAGAGAUCUUUAAUACCGUAUUUGAAGUUAUAUACAUGUUUUUUAGAUCUGCAAAAGGAAUAUUGUUGUUUGUUGCUUAUAUUUGUACUCAAAAAGUACAAAAACUAAUUACAAAAUCUAUUCCUUGCAUUAUAAAUAAACGUCAAGGUGCUUACACACGCGAAGAAAAACAUUCUUUAACAGCUCUAAGCUCAGUGUCAUAAUAAAUAUUUUUUUAGUCAAAAAUGAAUUCUUACAAUAGAAAAAAAUAACAACGAGGUAUAGAAUAUUGUAAGUAACAAAAAUAAAUAU